AAGCACCUGCAGGUGCUAAAAGCACACGUAAAGUUCAAAAUCAAACAAUGAAACAAAAAGGAAAAAAAACACUAAAUAAAACUACAAAGACAAGUACUGCUUUCCGGAGGGUCUCGCCACCUCCGCUAUUCUGCAAGGUACGAGACUAUAUCGUUCUAUUAUUCCCUAAAUAUACUUUUGACGGGGUUACCCAGAUCCCCCCAAGCUAACUAACUAACAUCCCAGGGACUGGAUUAACUAACACCAGUUUGGGUACAUGGAAAAUACAAGGUUGGCGGUUGUGUCCUUUCAGCCGUUUCAGUUUGCUCUUGCUGUGGUUGCUUGCAGCCACUUUUCGUCAGGCUUGUCCCACAUCAAAAUCCUAAAAGGUAUAGACAAUGUCGACCCAGGGGACUUCUUUGACCUGAAAAAAGAAACAAGGACCAGGGGUCACAAAUGGAGAUUAGAUAAAGGGGCAUUCAGAACAGAAAAUAGGAGGCACUUUUUUACAGAGAAUUUUGAUGGUCUGGAACCAACUCCCCAGUAAUGUUGUUGAAGCUGAAACCCUGGGAUCCUUCAUGAAGCUGCUUGAUGAGAUUCUGGGAUCAAUAAGCUACUAACAACCAAACGAGCAAGAUGGGCUGAAUGGCCUCCUCUUGUUUGUAAACUUUCUUAUGUUCUUAUGUUCUUAUCCCUUUCUUUCGCCUCCUGUACCGUUUUACUCCAGUUCACCCGUCGCAGCUCCAGACAGAUUGUCUCCUACAAGGGCAGCCUGAAGGAAUAACAGAACAUUCUUUUUUUUUCUUGGCCGCCCUGCCAGACCAGCCCCCGACCAAUCAGAGGCCCUCGCUCAACCUCUCUGUGUCAGUGCCAUGAUUGACAGGCAGGUCAAACCGGGCUUUUUUAUUUUUUUUGAAGAUGUCUCAGCUGUAAAAAUAAAUACAUAAAUCAAUAAAAAUAAGUAGUAAAAAAUAACACAUGGGGUAAUGUGUUCAUGCUUCUUUUUUCUAGUUAUAACUCUUAUUGUUGUUAUAACACGUAUAUUUCAUACAAUGUUGGUUCUUUGGAAGCUACCUUGUCUGUGGAACAUGCAUAUUCCAUAUUCCAUAUUCCUUUGUAUUUCGAAGCUACAGUAUCUACACCAGAAACCCCCAGUGAGGCUGGUACCAGCUCCGCAGUGGAUCUGAAUAAGAGAAGGCAAAGACAAGAAAUGAAGGCUGAAAACCAGGACGAUCCAAGAUUUCCUGUAAUGUCUGAAAAUAUGAUUUAUGAAGAGGGAACAAGCGUGCUGUACCAUCUGGAAAAUGUUGCAGAGGUUACCCAAACACAAGCGAGCACACAGCCAGCUGUUGAAGAUUAUGCAGAGCUACAGUGUUUUCCAGGAAAUUCCAGAGAGGCAAACAUAGAGGACUGUUACUGGACUCUAAUGACUCCUCAGAAGAAAGGGAGAGAUACUCUUGACCAGUGAAACCCAGUUCCUUGUUGAGGCAUUCAAUGCACAAUGGAUUAUUUCUACUCAAACUCAACUCUUAGUACCAAAUUUGAUGUGGAAUGUAAAGAUAAUCGGGCUGGGCUUCUAUUCUGGGCAGUUCUGGAGGCUCUAACUGCCAUUCUGGGUUUGCCAGCCAAUGUGAUAGUGCUGUGGAUUUUACUGAGGAAACAAACUGCCCUCUCCUCUUCUGAGGUGUUCAUAAUUAACCUGACUGUCAUGGAUGCUUUGUUUUGCCUCAAUGCACCCGUUGAUUUAUAUAAUUAUUACUUUCUGAAGAAUACAAUUGUUUACACAGUAACAGAUAUGAUGUGUAAUUUGAACCUGAUAGGAGCUCCUCUGUUCCUUUGUUGUAUCUGUGUGGAGCGUUACAUGGCGGUGGUGCAUCCAGUCACCUACCUGGGGUUCAAGUCGCUCACCUAUAGAGCGGUGUGCUCUGCUGUGGCUUGGGCUAUUACUAUUGCCUUCUCCAUCUCUCUAGGUCUAGCAACCUAUGAAAUGUGUGCAUAUGUUGUCUCAGGUUACAGCUGUGCCAUAUUUAUUGUCAUGAUAUUCUGUAGCAUCUCCAUCCUGAGGGUCCUGAGGAAGUCGACACCAGGGAAAGACGAGAUCCAUCCCAUGAUGAAGAAAGCCUUCCAGAUGGUUUUUACCAUUUUAAUGAUUGUGUUAAUUUCCUUUUUCCCAGCAGUAGGCAUGGUCCCAUUUGAACCCUAUUUCAAUGAAACUACAUUUAAAUGUUAUAUAAUGCCAGUAUGCUAUUCUUUUUUUACCCCCAGUAGCUGCAUACAGCCUUUGCUCUACCUGGCUCAUGCAGGUGCAUUGUCUUGUGGGUAGUUUCCAUGCAAUGGAGGGUGCUGUAUAGCACUGAGCCCCACUCCAUGAAGUCAACAGAAAACAUGUUCCAUUUAGAGCAAGUAGCUUCUAAUUAGAUGUUUCUGUCCUUUUUAACUAUUACGAUGUUUUCAAUAGAGAAUUUGUGCUGUAAAUUUCAAACAGCUACAAGCACCUCAAUCAAGAAAUACACCGACAUCAAUGAAAUUCAUUAUUUAAGAAUUGGCACUGAGGCCAACUCAAAGCAAUUGCAAACAUCAUUACAAGUUUGAAAUGUCAUGUUACGCUAAUUGCUCUAACUGUUUAAUGCUACUCUUUAUUGGCUGAUUUCACUAUAAGGUGGUGUAAUUAUAUUACACCACUUUAUAAUAACUUCAGGGAGUUUUAUUGUGUAAAAGUUGCUUGCCUCUCCAUUGUAAAUAAUUUCAUUCUGUCAGUUGGCUUAGUCUCCAAAUCAAAGCUUCACUACAUUUUAGUAUAUACUAUGCAUAUUUUACUUUGUAUAAAUGCCAUUAAGAAUUGCAAAUAAGAUUUUUCUAGGGUGAAAAUACUAGGAUGUUCAAAUUAUUUUUAGUAAAAUAUACCAUUUUAAAUACUCAUGAUUGAUUUAUAUUGUUGAAUAUUUUAAUUUUAGAUGGUUUUUUUAACAAGGGAACUUGAUUGAUUAUAGCUGUAAAGCACAUGUGUUAUUAAUGUCUAUACUUAAUGUUUAUCCAAAACAAUUCUAAAAGAGACUUCUUGUAAGUUUUAUUGUAGGUAUGGUAAGGUCCACAGUCACAAGGACACACUUUGAAAUCUGUAAUUAAGAACUUUAAAUAUUAUAGUAUGACAGCUUGUUGGUCAAUUUUAGUAAUGGCAUUGCCUGUCUGGUUAUAGAAUACCGAAUCCAUUGGAGAGACUGAUGCUAAAAUGUUAAAUAAUAUGUAUACAUGAGAAUUGUUGGAUAUGUUUAUAAAUGCAUAUUAAUGGAUUUUCAAAGUUAAAAGUGA